UGGCAACGUAGCUAGCAGCCAUAUUAUAUUAGGAUGGGAUGAGUACAGAGUACUGUGUCGAUCAGCUAGCGAUUUAUGCAAAUAUAGUAAAGAAAUAAAAAGGGGUGGCCGCGCCGGGCGAUCAUUAUUAUUAUUUACUCCCUAAUUAAUUAAGGAUCGAUCGGAAUAUAUAUAUAUAUAUAUAUAUAUAUAUAUAUAUAAUUGAUGGAGGCGGCGGCGGCGGCGUGGAGGGGGAGGAGCAAGGGUCGGCAGAAAAUAGAGAUGAAAGUGAUCGAAUGCGAGAACUCUCGGGCGGUGACAUUUUCCAAGAGAAAACGAACUCUCUUCGACAAGGCCACGCGCUUUUCCUCCUCAACCGGCUCCACCAUAGCCAUCUUUUUCACCUCUUCCAAGGGCUUCAUGCAUGCCUUUGGCUCCACUUGUCUUCACUCUAUCAUCGACCACUUCCGUGCGCGGCGCCGCCAGGAGCAGGAGGACGGGCCUCCCGCCGCCGCCGCUCAGCCGCUGCUGCAGCAGAUUCUGGAGACGGAUGACAUAUCGCCAUUCUUCUGCCCGCCGCCUUUUGACCCCUCUAACUCCGACCACGUCAGGGCUGCUUAUGACUGGAUCGACAAUUGUUGUAGAAAAGUGAAUGCGCGGAUGCAGCAACUUUCAUCAUCCCUAUCGCCCGCCCUUAAAGGCGGCUUCGAUAAUAAUAACAAUACUAAUGAUAAUAACAAUGGCGGCGCUAUUAGACUUAUUGACGAUGAUGAUCGCCGAAAGGCGGCGGCGGCUGCUUCUGUUCCAUCUUCAUCUGCCGCUCCACUUUUUGAUCUCAAUGUGACGCCAAAUUCUGCGCCGGAUGAUGAUGAUGAUGAUGACGCGGGGGCGCCUAAACGCUGCUACUUAUUCAACUUGAAUGUGGAGCCUACCUAAGCUAGCUUAGCAACUCAUCGAUAGAUCGAUCGAAG